AUACAUUCUGAAGAGUCUGUUACGAUGGCGGAGCCUCCACUUGCUCAGAAUGGGUCUAAAAGCGGUCCAGGUAGUGUUAAAAGUGGCAAGAGUAAGGGCGGAUCGGCGAGAAGUAAGUCAAAAGGGAAGGAUGGCGUCCCGUCUCCUGUCACCACGGCUAAGGACAACCCCUCUGCAGACCCCCGCACCAUGAGGAGGAUCAUUGCGGAGGAUCCCGAGUGGUCCCUGGCCACAGUCCCGCUCCUCACGGACCUCUGUAUCGUGCACAUCGUCAAUAACUUUGAACACAACCCUCUACUGGAUGAACUAAAACCAAAGCACAGGGCCAAAGUUUUAGAGAAGAUCUCCACCAACAUUCCUCUAAAGGUCACUGCGCAUCUCAUCAGUGAUGAAGGGUACUGGCAGAGGUGCUGCAAAGCAAGAUGGGAUAUCUGCGACGUCUCGCAUUACGGCGGCAGCUGGAAGAGGAUGUACUUUGAGCGGAACCUGGAGCACAUCAUCGAACACUUCGUCCCCGAGAGAACCAACAUGGACGUCGUGACGGACGUCUUACCGCUGUCGGGAGAAUACAUCAAGAGACUCAACAUCAAACAGCUGCUUCCUCCAAUCAAGGAAGAGACCAAGAAAGACGAUGACACCUCGGAAACGGGGAGCGAGCUGGGAGACGGACCUGAGGUGGAUCACUUCGAGUUCGGUCCGGUGUUUGAGAAGCUGCCGCAUCUCGAGGAGUUUGGCGUGACGUAUGGAGUGAAGGACUGCGGGAUGAACUUUGAGUGGAACCUGUUCCAGUUCACCACGCGGGACUGCCUGCUGAUAUCCAAGGCCGUGAAGAGCUGCAAGACGCUGCAGAAGUUUCACCUGUGCCGCAGCAAGGUUGACGACGAUAAAGUUCGCGUCCUCAUCAGUCACCUCCUGGACCAUCCCUCGCUGACGGAGCUCGAUCUCUCGCACAACAUGAUCGGAGACAGCGGGGCACGUGCCGCCGGCAAGCUCAUCAACCGCAGUAGAGUAGUCAAGAUGAACCUGUGCGACAACAAGAUAGGCGCCCCCGGUGCGCUGGCUAUCGGCCAUGCCGUGUCGAAAAACACAACGCUAAAGUGUUUGGACUUGCGUCUCAAUCGCCUUGGUGAUGAUGGCGGACAGGCCAUCUGUAAAGCCCUUCUGAAGAACUCCACUCUGACCGACCUGAACAUUGGGAGUAACAACAUGACGGAACCGACAGCCUCCAUCCUGUCCCAGGUUCUCACAACCAACACAACGAUUCGCACGAUCAACCUAUCCUGCAACAGAGUUGGGCCCGAUGGAGGUAAACAGCUGCAGGAGGGUAUGGAGGAGAACAGCACAGUUUUGGAGAUGGAUCUGCGGCUCACCGAGGCCGGCCAGGAGAGCGAGUACUGCAUCAACCAGAUCCUCAAGAAGAACCGAGAGGACGACCGCCAACUGCGGCUUCAGAACGAGAAGAACAAGCAGUCCUCGUGACCGUCCGUUUAACUCCAUCUAGUGGCCGGUUUUAAAUUGCAUGGGCUGUCUUUUCCUAAAAAUUAUGGAAAGUUUUUCAAACACUGUGACCAUUUCUUUUGUGAAAGGAUCUUUCCCUUUAAAAUAUGCACUGGUACAGGGUUGGACAAGUUUUCUAAAAUCCACUUGUCCUAUCAGGCAAGUACAUAGAAACACUUGUCCGGACAUUUAGAAGACAUUUGUCUAUUAGUAAGUAUUUUCAAUUCCAUCAAUGGAAUUCUUUUAUUGUUGGCUCUAUUUUUAUGUGUUUCCAAUGCUUAAUGCUAUGACUGUGAAAGGUAACAUAAUGAUUAUGAAAAUCUCUCAUGGAAAAAUCCCCGAUCGGACAAGUUGCACUAGCCCAAUCAGCACUUUAACUUGCUCUGGACAAUCGGGCUAGUGGACUUGUCCAACCCUGUAGUAGUUACAUGUGU